AUGUGUGAAUGGCUCUCGUGUGAAGAAUGGUGCGAUGUGUUUUUAUUGUGCGGUGGUCGGGUAUUCAGUGCUCAUCGAGCAGUACUGGCAAGCGUUAGCAAGUUUCUUAGGAAAAUCCUUCUUUCAUGUCCAGUAGAAGAUUCACCAACGUUUAUUGUUAUGCCGGAAUUCGAUUUUGAUACUAUGUCUUGCGUUCUUCAUUAUAUAUACAACGGUGAAGUAGCCAUCAGCAAACACCAAGUACAUACAUUUUUGGAUAUCAUGAACGCUUUACAAGUUUUCGUUGACACGAGAGAUUUAAAGAAACAUUUAAAAAUUAAUAAUUAUAUUUUUGUUGAGGAUGAUUAUACUUUUAAAAAAGAAAAUAUAACCGGCAACGAUAAUAUCACUUUAAAGAAACAAAUUCAGAAAAAAUCCAAUGUAAGGCGACGGUUUGAUAAAGUAAAUUUAGACCGAAGUAAUGUAGAUUCAAAUUUUUAUAAUACCAAAGGAAUCCGGCUCGGAUAUCUGAAAUCUCUCAAAGACCGACAAAGCCAGCCAUUUUCUCGUGAUUUAUUUAUUGAGACAUAUAGUCUGAACCGUAAUGGUAACGGUGUUACAGAGGGCGUGCUCGCAAUAUCAAAUGAACGCUAUCGUGAACCAGGAUCGCUUCUCGAGAAGAAUUCUAAUACUGAACAUCACAGGGAAGUGGCCACGGAAACAACUUAUGAUCUAGGUUCUAGGGAUAAUUUUAACAUUUUAUGUAAUACAAAACGUUUUGAAAUUACAAGUAAGAAAAAUAUUGAGAGUUUUGUUGGUGUAUACUUAGAAAACAGAACUAAUGUGGAAGUUAAGAAGAUUCCUGAAAUGAAUUCCCUUAGCGAUAACCAAGGCGAAGCUAUAUCAAGAAAAACUGUAGAUCAAGAUUAUAAUUCAAUAAAUUGUAAUAUUAUUUCUAGGCAUAGUUUAAAUUUAAAUACAAAAAAUAUGCAAAACGCGAUGUCCAGGGUGUCGGAAGUAAAUAGUGAAUUUAAUAAAAGCAAAGAAGCUCUUAGUAGGGUGACCAUACUUAACGAGGUAUUACAGAGCCCUUGGAGACCUAGACUGUCGCUCACUUUCACUCCUUAUGCUAAGAAAUGUAUGGACUGGAAGAUAGAUAAAGAUAAAAGCUUACAGUCAAAACAGAAUGGAGUUUCGAUUAAUGAUAAAAACAACAAUAAUAAUGAAGCUACCAAGACUGAGAACAAUGAUAAUGAGGCCACGAGCAAUAUAAAAGAAAUGAAACAGAGUGUUUCAAAAGACGUAACAGCCGACAGCAAGGACGAACGUUUGACUGGGUCUAAAUCAAGUCGUUACACCUGUACUGAGUGUCAUAAAACAUUUUCACAAUUACGUAAUUAUAAAUAUCAUAUGUCAGUGCAUCGUGGUACAAAAGAGUUCGCCACAACGUGUCCAGUUUGCGGGAAAUUCUUCAAUGAUAAAGGAUAUCUCAGUAGCCAUAUGAAAAUACAUAAAAAUCGUAAAGAAUAUAAGUGCAAUAUGUGCCCAAAAUCGUUCAAUCAACGAGUUGCUUACAACAUGCAUGUCCGUAUACAUACAGGCGUCAAACCUCACGUAUGCGAUGAAUGUGGUAAAGCGUUCUCACGGAAGAUGUUACUGAAGCAGCAUCAACGGACCCAUAGCGGAGAGCGGCCGUACGCUUGCCAGCAUUGUAACAAGAGAUUCGCUGACAGAUCUAAUAUGACCCUGCAUUUAAGAUUACAUACAGGUGUGAAGCCGUUCGCUUGUACAUUAUGCCCGAAAUCGUUUACCAAGAAGCAUCACCUAAAGUCACACCUCAACUUCCACACUGGCGACAAACCUUAUACUUGCCCACGAUGCAAACUGGCUUUCACACAAUCAUCCAACAUGAGAACACAUUUGAAGAAAUGUAACGUUCAAACAGAUUAA